AUUCCUUCAUGCGGGAAACCAAGAAACGCUGGAUAACAAGGACGGACACUAUUGUGAUCCUUGUCUCUCCUGCAAUUGCUUUGGGCAUCAACAUGUAAUUUUUCCCUAGAAAUGAAAACGUGAAAAGUUCCUAUUCCAUUCGUCGAAUCCCUAGGAAACAAAUCUGGCUCGGCAGCGGCACCUCCGUGGAUUUUCUAGACGCAUUUAGAUCAUUUGUAAAACGUGCUUAACACGUGACGUUAAAAAAAAAAAAUUUGCGUGUAUUUACGCGGGAAUAUUGCGUUAUCUGAAAUUUUGCUUUAAUUCAAGUUUAAUAAAGUAAUCAUAAAUAAUAUAAGGAUACUUUGAAAACUUAACACAUAAAUAUGAAGAAACGUCAGUUGUCACAAAAGAAGAUUUCUUCCACUGAUAAUGUCAAAAGAUCUCAGACAAAAAUCUCAUCAUUCUUUACAAAAAUUUCCAAGAAUGAUGAUCACAAAGAUAAAGUUGUAUCUACUCCUGAUAACUCCUUAUUUCAAGCCUCAGGAGAUAAGAAAAGAAAACAAAACAAUGAUUCAUUUGAAAAAGAAUCGCAUAGUAUUAAGAGAAAACGCAGUGAGAAUAUUGAUAUAUUGGAAGAACAUAGUGUUGCAAAGACAAGAAAUAUCAAAUCAUAUAAAGAUUCAGUAUUAUCGAUAACAAAUGAUUUAGACGAGGCAUGUAAUAACGUUGAAGAAAAUAAAGCGACACACACUGAAACACUGCCCCAAAAAAUUAAUAAAGAAAAAAUAAAUGCAAUAAGAGUAAAAACAGAUAAGAAUACAACUGUUUUAUCAAAUUCUGCCAGCAUUGGAAAUACCCAAGUUUCAGAUAUCGCAAGCAGUGGUCAUGUUCUUAAAGAAUCACAAGAUUUAAAUACUGUUGCCUUAAAAUCAACUUCUUCAGAAAUGUAUGAUCCCAAAAAAAUUAAAUUACUUGAUGCAAAAAAGGAAACUUCGGAAGAUUCUAUAACAGUGAAUGGAAAUGAUUUUGAUGAUUUUUUCAGUGAAGAAUGGCAUGUAUCCAUUGAUUUUACCACAUUACAAAGGUGCAAGAUUAUUAAUGUGAAACAUGAACCGAAAGUUACUAUUUUAACAGUACAGCAUGUCGAAUCUAAAUCUAUUGAUACUGUCACAUGUUCAGAAUUUUGGAGAGAUGUGCACGUGAAACUUGACGAUAUUGUCAUGGUACAAGCUAAGAAGGAUUCGCAGCAAUGGUUUGUCGACAACAACAAUGGUUGUCUUGUCACGCAGCCUGAUGUGUUAAUAUCAGGCACGACCAUAGCAAGUAGUACCUUUUGCAACAGACAAGCUGUGUUCGCUGAGAAAUUCAGGAAAAUAGAAUCGCUACCAAAUUUGAACGGUGAUUUUUCCACAAUGACUAUAGGAUCUUUGGUCCACCAGUGGUUGCAAAAGGCACUGCGAGAGAACGUUUACACGCUGUCCGACGUGAUCAAGUUAUUGGACGAUAUAUUACAAUCCAAAGACACGAUAGACUACCUUUACGCGUCGGAAAUGUCGCUUACGGAUUGUCGGAAACGCAUGAUGGAGUACGCGCGAAGAAUAAUCGAAUUUAUUCAGCAUUAUAUCAAGGGAGAGAAACAAAAGCAUAUAAGCAACUUGAGAGACAACUUUGAAGGAAACAUCUGUAAGAUUCAGGAUAUUGAAGAAAGCGUUUUCAUACCAGAGUUGGGUAUAAAAGGAAGGAUAGAUGUGACGGCGGAGGUAAAGAUUCAUUCGAGGAGAAAGAUUAUGCCUCUAGAAGUAAAAACUGGACGUGCCUCUUACUCACUUCAACACAGAGGUCAAGUUAUACUUUAUCUCAUGAUGAUGGGCUUCAGAGAUCAAGACAUCGACACCGGUCUCCUGUUGUAUUUGAAGGAGAACUCGAUGCAGGAAAUCAGAAGCAGUCAUCACGAGAAGAGAGACUUGAUGCUACUGCGAAACACAUUGGCGCAUUACAUGACCCAGAAGCUCGAAGACCAGAACGUAGACUCUCCGUCGGAUUUGAAAAUGAUGGAACUGCCGGAGCCGAUAUAUCAUCACGUUGCGUGCGCCAAGUGUUCCUAUCAAAACCUAUGCUGCGCGUAUUUGGCGAGGGAUCCAAACGCAAACCUGUCGCCGACGCAUCCGCUGACAGUACCGAUCAAAGAGCUACUCGACAAUUUCCAGUCCAAUCACUUGGAUUACGUUAUGACGUGGAUCGCGCUGUUGCAACUGGAGGAGAGUUCCGAGAACAGUAACAACAGUUUGAGCAGCAUAUGGACGACGUGUCCCGAGAAGAGGGAGGCAAAAGGAACAUGCAUCUGCCAUGUAAAAGUCGUGGGUCAAGUCGUGGAGCAAGACGACAGAUAUCAGCAUGCGUUUGCACGCGUCGAUAUCAAGGGAGAGACUGUCGAGAAGGGACUCGCGCUCGGGAACACGUUUAGCGAGGGUGAUUUUAUCAUGAUUAGCACGGAUUCACGGAUCAACAUAGCCGCUGGGUCUGUAGUUUGCAUUUCGCAUGACGUUGUAACGGUCCUCCUGGAAAAGGAUAUUACGCAACAAAAUGCAAACUCUACGUUUCACAUCGACAAAUAUUCCUUCGUCAGUCUGGCUACGUACAAUUACGCGAACGUGGCCGGUUUGUUGAGCAACGACGAGGCCGUCGUUAGGCUCCGACGUAUCGUCAUCGACAAGAAACCGGCCACAUUUGUGAAGAAGCUGCCGCGCUCGGUCGUGUCGGCCAGCGCUGAAAUAAUACGCGAUCUCAACGAGAAUCAACAGAGAGCCGUGCUGAAGGCCGUAGCCGCCAAGGAGUACGUUCUGAUAAAGGGCAUGCCGGGCACGGGAAAGACGCGAACACUGGUGGCUCUGAUAGAGCUGCUGCUGGAGCUGGGCUCCAGCGUGCUGAUCACCGCGCACACGAACAGCGCGGUGGACAACGUUCUGCUGAAGCUGCUCGAGCGGAACAUCGACUUCCUGCGUCUCGGGUCGAAGAAGCAGAUUCAUCCGCUGCUGACGUGCAAGAGCGAGGCGUAUGCGAUCGCGAGCUGCGACUCCCCGGAGAGCCUGGAGGCGCUCUACAACAGCAAGCGCGUGGUCGGCGCAACGUGCUACGGCGCGUAUCACGCCCUUAUCCGAAGACGCAGCUUCGACGUGUGCGUGGUGGACGAAAGCGCGCAGAUCAUGCAACCCACCGUGCUGCGACCGCUGUACAGCGCGCGCAAGUUCGUCCUCGUUGGAGACCCGGAUCAACUGCCGCCCGUCGUCAGGAACAAGACGGCCGCGAGACUUGGCGCGGAUAAAUCGCUAUUCAUCAGACUGGACAGCGACAACAACACAAUUAAUUUAUCGGAGCAGUACAGAAUGAACGGCAGAAUUAUGAGGCUGGCUAAUGACGUGACGUACCACGGCAAGCUGAUAUCCGGCAGUAAGAAGGUGGAAAACGCGACUUUGACCGGUUCGAACAUGGAGCAGGUUCUCUCCUCCUGCGAGAGGUGGAUAGGAAGAGUGUUGUCUCGAAAUCCGGACGAUUCGGUGAUUCUACUCGACACCGGUCACACGUGCAAGUUGAGUGUCGAAUCUGCUAACGAGAACAUCACGUCGGAUCAAGUGUACUCUAAUGUUUGGGAAGCUGCCGUCACUUUCCGUCUUGUUCAAGUACUCAUUGAAGCAGGCGUGUACGCGAGAAAUAUAGGAAUCAUCGCACCUUACAAUGCUCAUAUAAAUUUAUUGAAGAAGAUCAUAAACAAAGAAGUGGAAGUGAACACCGUCGACCAGUAUCAAGGCCGCGAUAAGGAUAUUAUACUGUACUCGUGCGCGAAGAGUGUUGAAAGUAAUGCGAAGAAAGAAUUCGAGAUAUUGGUCGACCAACGGCGCUUGACAGUGGCCAUCACUCGCGCGAGGCACAAGUUAAUCGUAAUUGCUGACAAAGUUACUUUAACGGGAUACACGCCAUUUAAAAGAUUGUUUGACGUCAUUGGCGAAAAGAAUGUGAUCAAUUUACACGACGGCGAAGAAGAUUUCAAUUGGAGAAGUCUUGUUUGUAAAAUUAACAGUAUUAUUAGCGAUAAAUAAAUUAAAAUUGCAUUUUUAUCAGAUUUUUACAAAAUUUGUUGCAAAAAUCUGAUAAAAAUGCAGCUCUUGAAAUGGCAAUUUUCUAUUGUUAUAAUUUAUGAAUUUAGAAUAAAAUAUCAUUUUGCUAUUAUAACUGUAACAUGAGGAAGUAUUUAAAAUAGAAGAAUAACUAAUUUUAUACAAAGUUUGGCACUUGCGCUUAAGUACAUCAAGCAUAAGUCCCUGUAUUUCACA